AACGUCAAAAACACAAUGACGUUUGUCCUAACAUGUUGUCUGUCAGUGAUUUUCUUCACAAAAAUGGCUGGCGGUGAGGUAGAACUAGCGCAAUCGGCCGCUCCGGCCGCAGAUACGAUAUUCGGAAAGAUAUUGAGAAAGGAAAUACCUGCUAAGUUCGUCUAUGAAGAUGAUCAAUGCGUGGCGUUCCAUGACGUGAAUCCGCAAGCUCCUACGCAUAUCUUGGUGAUACCGAGGAAGCCCAUCACACAGCUCUCGAAGGCAGAUGAUAAUGAUGAACAACUCCUUGGUCACCUGCUGAUUGCAGCCCGUAAAGUAGCUCACAAAGAAGGACUUGACAAGUCUGGCUUCCGCCUUGUCAUCAAUGAUGGCAAGAACGGAGCCCAGAGUGUCUACCACCUUCACAUCCACAUCCUAGGAGGCCGCCAAAUGCACUGGCCCCCUGGCUAAUAAGAGUAGAACCUUUUUGCACAUUCAUGUCUAUGAAUAAAGAUUGUUUUUUUUUCAUCA